AUGGAAUCAAAUAUUGAAACGAAAUGUUAUAAAGGUGUUCAAAAAUUAAACAAACUAUAUGUUUUGAUAUCUGUAAGCGCCCCUUCUUCAUCGGAAUCACAAAAUCACAAUGGGUUUUACAUCUCAACUUUUGACUUUGAGUCAUAUUUUAAAUCAAACAUACUACUUCAAUAUGGAAUCUUGGGGUAUUUGGGAUUCCCCUUCAAAGUAAUCGAAUUUAUUAAAAAUAAAAAUUGUUUUAUUGUUCAAAUUAAUAGUGAUUGUUUGUCCAAAUUGCAACUAAUCGUCAACAACAUUUUCCCGGCACACUCACCUAUUGAAUUUUCAUUUAAUGGAACAAAUGGUGAAUCUAAAGUGAAAUUUGAAAUAUUGAAGUUUAACAAUAGCUUAUCUAGCUUAAUCGAUGAUGAUUUAGUUUUAAACACAACUUAA